AUGAAACGCCCAGCAGCUGCCACCAAAGAAAGCAAGCCCGUGGAAAAAAAAACGAGCACAGUGAAAAAAAAUUACAAAUACUUGUACAAGGACACCCAAGUUUGGGGCUUCAAGAUCGAUGGCCAGCAGCGAAUGACUGUGAAGCCCGUGGAAGGCCUUUCUGCCGAAGUCAUGGAAACCAUUGCAGAUGCCGCAAAGGCUGAGCUGGUCCGCACGAAUGGCAACAUUAAGAUGGCUACCGAUUUGGUUGAAUCUAUGAAGAAGGCUUACAUGGAAGCUGAUGAUGACGGUGCUGAUGACAAUACCCUAGCUCAGAUCGAUCCUGAAGAAGGGGGCGAAGAAGAACUGCGCGAAGAUGACCCUGAAGAGUGA